AUGCCCACAGAGUUAUGUCAUUUCCACGUAUUCGUUGGAGACUUGAGUCCAGACGUUGAACCGCAGCACCUGCAGGAAGCUUUCGCGCCCUUCGGCGAAACAUCAUCCAGAGAGGAGGUUAAAAAAUUAACACUCUUAGAACAAAUAACGACACUAAAGCCCUUGCAGCAUAAACACGCCAAGUUAUACGCAGACGUGUGUUGGGGUGUUUAUAUGUGCGAGUGCAUACAUAGACAAGUUUUCACUGCUGUUGCGGCUGUGGUUGUUAACGCUGGGGUUGACGUGGUUGUUGACGCUGUGGUAGCUGCUGUCGGAGCUACUGGUGUAGCUACAGUUGACUUUUUUGUACUUUAUGUUACGUGGGUUAAGUAUGAUGUGGUUGCUUCUGAUUUUUACUGCCAUAAAAUAUUUUUUAAAUCCAUGGCUCUCAAAAUUUUUCCACCUCCAAGGCCUCUGCCUCUUGGGCCCCCUAGACCCGUCCCUGGUUGUGUCUCUGCUAAAAUCCGCUCCUGA